GGAAACAAUGAAAGCGAACCUUGAAGCUCGGGCGCGCUGACCAGCAGAGUCCAGCAUACUGACCAGCAGCGUCCAGCACAGUCACAAAUGCUGCGCAAGGACAUGAUGAGAACCAGGAUCGCGGCUGUGGAGGACUGUGCAGAUUCGGGAGCUGAGACCGGAGGGUCUGAUUCCAGCAGGAUGUCUUCAAGUAGUAAGUGAAUUUCUGCUGGAUGAGGGUCAAGACCCUUUCCAGAUGACUCUGCAUCUGCUUGCAAACCCUGGUGAAUCUCGAGGAUUACAGAAAACCUUAGACUGCCUAUUGCAUUGGCUAAGCCCAGAUAUCCAGUUGUUCUAUGUUUCUGAGCGGGCAACACCAAUCAAACGCUGUGAGACACAGCACAGAAAAGACUCUGGCUAUCCAUCUCUCUCUGUUAUUCUGUUCCUGCAUGAAGACUUUGGUGAAGAAAGAAUUUUACAAGUUCAUGACUUUUUCCAGGGCCCACCAUGGCAUUAUCAUCAUAGUGAAAGUGUAGGUGGAAAAAUCAUUCCUUAUAUGAUAUGUUGUCAGGACUUCUAUUCUUUGGAUGCCAACAUGCCUGUAUGGGCUGUAAGACAAGUGCAUUAUGGGAAUGAGAUCUUGCGAGUUACUGUGUGCUGCAGCAAUGAAAACUUUGAAGAUGCUGUUAAACUUUAUGAGUUAAUCUUGCAGAAGAAAGCUGCUGUGCAGAAAGCUGACUUCUGCUGUUUCACCAUGUUCUCGAACCAGAGCUUCUGUAUCCAGCUUUCUUUAAAACAGUUGCCACUUGGAGUUCCUGUUGAUCUGAAAGAAUCAGCUGUGCUUCAGUUCAGAGUGCAUGCAAUUGGAGAGCUGGUGCCACUUCUUCCAAAUCCAUGCAUCCCCAUCAGCAAUACAAGAUGGCAAACCGAAGACUAUGAUAGAAACAAGAUCCUUUUCCAAGUCAGAGGGAGCAUUCAGUACUUGGACAGAAGUUGCUCUGCGUCUCAAGUGCAUGGUAGGAGUGGUUUGAACAAUUACUCAUGUAGUUCACUGCCACGCAAUCAAAAUUCAUUUUCAGAUAAGUGGCUUUACAACCAAAUGCCUCAGGACAAGAUCAAAAUGAUCUCCACUUUGACAGAAGAUGAACAAGAGAAGAGGUGUGUGAAAGGAAAACCAAAGCACAGUUUGCAUGGAAUGCUGGACAGAAUUGAAAUUAGCACCUCGGAGAGCCUGUGCAGUACAUCCAAAAGCAGCUCCUGUUAUUCAUCACAGCGCAGCAGUCCGGCAACAUUAUCACGUUGUGAUAUUGCAUACUAUUACAACAAUGCAUCUACAAAGCUCCGACAUCUUGAACAUGAAACUGACACUGGACUGCAAAAUGCAGAAACUGACGUUGACACCGGAUUCAUAGUUGCAAAAUCAUACUUAUCCUCUGACGAUAGCCUCUGUUCGUUAGACACAUUUUCAAUAGGCUUAAAGAGCAGUCUUCCUAAUUUAAGUUCAGCAAGCCUUGCAUUAAAACCAACAGUAAGUACUGGACUGAAAGGUGUAAAUUCUUCUGAGAAUACCAGUAUUUUGAGCAGAAAAUGGCAGACCUCCAAUGCUGAGGAGAAGCAUGCACAUUGUUGCCAACACUCCCCACAGUUAUAUGAAAGUGGUGUGGAGGAAGAAGAAUUUUUCAUCUAGACUGACAUAUGACAACUAGUUGUGAAAUGUUGUUUUCGUCUACAAACCAAUAUUGCUAAGUACACUUACUUGCUGGAGGCAACAUUAUGGAAUGACAAAAUAUAAGCGUUUUGUCAUUUUUCUGGAAAAAAAGUCUGUGACUCUCAUGUUUUAUUAAUUAUGUUAACAUUUUACUUGCACUGAUUGUAACAUUGUCCUGUAGAAAAAGAAGCUAGAUUCCACCUGAGCUGUGAAUGUGCAGAAUUCCUCAAAUUAUUGUCUUUAAAUUGUAAAUCAUUCUUACUUAAUGAAUAAUUUAAAUAUGAUAAUCUAGAAUUGCAGAAACUGCACAAUUAUUUUCUUGUAGCUCUAAUCUGCUAAAAUAACAAAAUUCAUCUUCUGGCCAGCUUGAGUAAUCUCCAUGAUGACAUAGUCAUCAUGACAUAGUCAUUACAUCCUUCAGGGUUUAAAGAGACAAUCUACAUGAGGACAUUUUUUUUAAUGAACUGUUUCAACAACGAUCAACUUGCAAUCUUGUUUAGAAUUUUUUCUUUGUAUUUGUCAAAUCUGUAUUGUUUGACGGUGGAAGAUUGGAUUGCUUGGGGGAUUCACUGAUGUUGACCAUUGCAUGAAUAUCAGUUGGCCCAUCUAGUUGAGGUGCCUUCAAUUAGUUAAUUCAGUUCACACUCUAUAGUUGGACUCUCUAACUUGUACAAGUCAUUAUCUGGAUUAUGUCAGCAGCAAUCACUGCUUUAACAAAAAAAAGUGGAUAGGAUGUUAGAAAGUCUGUUUUAAUUAUUUUGAACAGCUUGAUUUUUUUUUUAAGGGGAUCCUUGUGGUGAGAUCCUAUUUAAAUUUUCUAAUCAUAUAAUAAUUUCACAAUAAGUUGAAAAACAGAUUCGUUUAGAAAAAAUGUAUGAUCACUAUUAUAGCUCUUGAAUUAUACACUGUUCCAUUUUGUAUGACUGCUAGCCCAGAACUGCAAGUGAUGUGCUAUUAAUGUAUCAUGUAUUUACAACUUAUUCUAUGAAUGUAGAUAACAAUCCAGUCAGACCUACUUUCUUGUAUGCUUUUAAAAUAAUGGGUGGAAUUUUAUCUGUGAUGCACCAUUCUCAACAACGGAACAGGAAGUGGACACCACUUCUGUCCUCUUGCAUUUUGCUGGUUCCCAUGUGAUUACAAUUAAAAUUUAAAGUGCUGGCAGCAUGUACGAGAAACACAUGCGAUCACGCAGCGGGGAAAUCUUUUCAAUGGUGAAACCCGCCAUCAGCUGACAAUACUGCAGGUAUGGGUAGGCUAUGAAAGAGCCCAUCAUGGCCACAACUUUCCUGCCCAGCUCCAUUGUCAUUAACAUAAGACUUAUUGAGAGCACAAAGAUGUCUCUUUCAGAUUUAAAUUUCAUUUGCGAAUAUCUCACAUUGUAUCAUUUUAUUCGCUUGUGCAUCAUUGUUAUUUGUUGAGACUAGCUUAGUCAGAGAGCUAAAUGCACUGUCACAACUCAUGGUUGGCAGGCAUUGAUAGUUACAGGGGAGUUAGGGACAUUUCUUUAUUGUGGAAGAAAUGAUAAUCUGUCUUUGUGUUCACUCUAUUGAACGUUCAUUUUAGCAUGUAGUGUUGUGCUCGGCACUCUGUGGGACAUGGCUGAAUAUGUAGACUCAGCUGGCCCUCCCUUUUAUGCCUUGUAAAGAAGAUUGUCCAAGAUUGAUCUCAGCGGGAACAAUUGAAAUGUUGUAAGUGAACUCCAAGCUCUGUAAGGACUCUGCCAGCCAAUAUCUUGAAAUGGAUCCACAUGCGGACAGUAUUGACAACACCCUUCAGGCCCCUUAUUUUCUUAUUUCAACUGAUUUGUUCCCGCCACCCUCAUGACAUCCAGGAUGUCAGGCCUUUCCAUGUUCCUGACCCCACCAUCUGUCCUCCCCUUGGAUCCCCCUUUCACCCGUCCAUGCCUGCGACCCCAAUCCACACCCCCACAACCCCCUAACCACUUACUAGUCCUGAGCCUCCAUGUAAGCUACAAUCGUCCUGCUUGCUUCCCUUGUGCCACAGAGUUCAACAAGAAAAACCAGUGACCUCAGACACAACUGCACAAAGCCUACUGUUGCAUGUUACCUUUAAACAAACGUGAACCAGGUGCCACAAGAGUCUUGGUAUGCCGCUGAGUUUACCUUGAAGGUAGGAUGUAAUUAAAAUAAUUUUAUGCUAAUAAGUAUUCAUGACAUGCAAAUGUAUUACAAGGGAGGACCCACCACAGACCAGCGUGAGGCCCAAUGUGCUGCUGACUUAAUCUUUGCACCUUAAUCUACUGUCGGGAAAUUGAAAUUUUGGCUUCCGCCUAAUUCAGUGACCUCAUAUGCCACAUAUCCCAUUUUUGCAGGCUUUAUAGAAUUUCUCCCAAUGUUAUUUAUUAAUACUCCUAUUAGGGAACAGAAGCUGCAACAAUAGCAAUUCUCCUUAUUAACUGCUUCAAAGCAUUCUGGGAAGUUAGUGACAAAACAAAUUCACUAAUGCUAAGUAACUGACUUACAAAAACAAUUAUAUAGCUACCACCUAAAGUAACCCACCAAAGAUGCUCUAAUUACUGGCAUUCAAAUAAACUCCAUAACUGGAUUCCUUUCAACUCAGUGGCACGUGAUAACAUUACAAAUACCAUAACAACCACUAUUUAAUUAUGGAAUAAAUCCGUAUGCUCCUGUGCACAACACGGUAAAAUACAAUGCUAAGGACCAAGUUUCUACUAAACAGAUAAAUUCAUUUUUCAUUGACUUUGCCACAGAAGUGCAGAUACAGUUUUUGUAAAACAUCACACAUGAAGUUUUUGAAUAAUAUUCCAAAUGCAAAAAAGAGAGAUUUGGGUAUUUCAGAAGUCUUGAUUUUGUUGCACUCAAUUUUUUUUUUCCUUAUAUUCAACACCUUCAUAUCUGAUGUCUUUUAUGUGCAUCUAUUUACACGAUUGCAAGUUUGGAAUGAAUGCCAUUUAAUUGUAAUAAGCAAAGUUUUCAAAAUGGAAUAUCCAAGGACUACGUGACCAUAGCAAGCUGAAAGUUUAAGUAAUAGCAAGUGUUGUAUGGAGUCAUCUUGUCAUGUUCAUUACCUGUGGUCUUCAAUUAAUCCAAACACAUGCAAGACAUUACCUAAAGAUUACAUUCUACUAGGAAUUCCAAAAAUAAAAGUAGAAUUAAACUUUGUGAUAGUGUACAUUGAAGAUUGUAGUUGGUUAAAUUAGUCACCCUUUGUCUCUCCUGGAUUUCUGUUUUUGGAAAUGGGUGACAUGGGAAGUAAAUAUAGCCUUGCCUAUGUUUAUUUGAACUGAGAAGAUUGUGAUGGGGCUUUACUUUGAACAACAGUGGUCUUUGCUGCAAUGAUACUUACAAGGUGGUUAGGAAGGGAAUACCAGGAUGUUGAUGAUGACUGAAUUAAAAUACAAUUAUUUCUUACUGGGGUAAUUUUAUUGCCCAAAGAAUUGCACAACAGGAUGACAUCAUUCUCACAUUGUAAUUGAAUUCAAUUUUGUUAAUAUUAUGUUGGAAUGCCAAUUUAUUUGAAUAUGAUAUUGUGCUUUAAAAUCUGAGUGUUUAACUUUUUCUCAAAACUUUGAUAUCUGAAAUAU